AUGGGCACCGGCAGCUCAAUCGAGGGUCACCUGCGAGAUCAAGCCAAACAGAAAUACAUCGGGUCAGCCAUGACCUCCCACGCCCUGGGAGAUCAACAAUACCUGGAUAUAUUAGGCCAGGAGUUCAAUUGCAUGACACCUGAGAAUGAGAUGAAGUGGGGAUUACUGGAGACCAGUAAAGGACAGUAUAACUGGACAAAGGCCGACAAAAUGUUGCCUUCAUACGUGGGUACACUUGAUGGCAAAAAGGCUGAGCUCGAGGAAGUGGUCAAGGAUCAUAUUAACACAGUGGCCGCACAUUUCAAAGGUAAGAUCUACGCGUGGGAUGUCGUCAAUGAGGUGCUCAAUGAGGACGGGUCGGGCAAUAAGCUCAGGGACAGCAUAUUUUCG